AUGGAGUGGCCACAGCUGACACUUCAAAACAAUCAACCGCAUCUGCUCCAGAGCCUGGUUGAAGUCUCCCCUUCGCCAGAUUUUAUGGCACAUGCCGGAGUGUUGGAUACAUGUCAGAGAAGAUGUCGACGGAGACGAUGUCUUUUCCACAAAGUUGUUGAAUGGAUCGAUGGGAAUGAGGCACAAGGUUACAUCCUAAUCGACAUUCACGGUCAAUAUUUCAUCUUGAACACCGAUACAAGUGGUACCUGGCCAACUUCGGAAGAGCAGAUAUUCGCAAGACAUGUAAAAGAUUAUCAAGCAUCAUCUAAAAAGAAGCGCGGACGGAGAGAGACUCUCUUCAGAGAGAGUGUGGAGUAUAGUGGUAAAUGCAGCGCUGAUGUCUAA